CUUGCACUCACACACGGAACUGUUUGCAACACGCAGACCCGUGUGGCGCCCACCCAUUUCAACACCAAGGACAGCGGUCGACGCACGGAGAGCCUGACAGCCAUGACAACACAUGCACUGGAAAAAUGACAGAUUUAUUUCUGCACGGAUGCGUCGUAAGCAGAGGCGCGAGGCUGCCCAGGAUGACGCUGCUGUUUUAAUGAGUGUAUUGGGGGAGCAGAAAAAGACGGACACACGGACCUGGAACUGCUCCAGAACCUGCUGCCCACUGAGGACUGAAGAAAAGUAAAGACAGGAUGGAUGCGAGCACCACAGCUAAUUCUCAGAUGCCCACUUUGCAUGCUGAUGCUUUGUGUGGCACCUGCCCAUCCUCCGGUUCUGCCCCUCAGACUGGCAGCCUUUGGCCCAGCCUGCCACCGUCCGGAUCUGGGUUCCCUGUGUGGCCCGGGCAGCCCACCCAGCCUGUGCCCUGCUGGACUGGUCAGCCAAACGCCUCCUGCUGGCCCACAGCACAACCAGCUCCUGUUUCGGUUGCAGGCCCGGCCCCUCAGGUUAUAACACCACCUCCACCUCCAGCACCAGCACUGACCACAUCCAUGGUCCCAGCUCCAGCUCCACAAGUGCAGCAGUCGUGUCAGCCAUGCUGGCCUCCCUCCCAGUACCAGCCACCACCGCAACCAGCUCCUAUUCAAGUUCAAGUCCCGGCUCCAGCUCCUGCUGUUGCUCCAGCUUCCAGCAUCCAUCCCAGUGUUCCCAGCUGGGCGGCCCACCCUGGCUGGCCCUAUAACCCGGGACAGUCAGGGUGGCCCGGACAGAACCCGUCCUUCAUGCCUCAACACUGGCUCCCACCCACAUCUGGACCUAUGAGCGUGCCGUACAACUUGAACCUGGCUCGGGGUGUUUAUGACAAAAUGAUGAUGACCAUCCGGGGCUACGUGAAACCUAAUGCCAAAAUGUUCACAGUGAACUUCCUGAGGGGCAACGACAUAGCCUUUCACAUCAACCCCCGCUUCAAUGAGGGAGGGAAGCAGGUGCUGGUCCGUAAUCACAAAGUGGGCGAGCGCUGGGGCUCAGAGGAGAGGGACCUGAAGGGACCCUUCCCUUUUGCUAUUGGGAGUCCUUUUGAGAUGAAGAUCCUGUGCACGCCCGAGGCCUUCAGGGUGGCGGUGAACAACAUCCCACUGUUCGAGUUUCGGCACCGCAUCAGAGAGCUCAACCAGAUCGACCGAAUCAACAUACUGAACGAUGUGGUCCUCACGUACGUCAACGUGGAGACACUUCCUUAAGUUAGAAACCGUUCCUAAAUGAAACCCUGCAGCAGACUGCGUUUAUACCGGUAGAUCUGUGCACAUGCAGGGUAAUUCAUACCAUUUACGCGCAACCUUUUGCAGGAACUAAAACUUUUCAGACUAUUUUCCAAUAUUCUGUUUUUCCGCGGCAAACGUGAUGUUUUAGAUUUUGUGUAAUAUUUUGUGCCACUAACUGAGGUGUUGUUACAGAGUCGUAACCGUGUCAUCAAAUUCUGUUUACUUUGAUUCAUCAAUAAAAUUGUGAACAAGA